CUGUCGAGUUUGAUGCUUCACAUUACCAUGGUGAGGAUGGCCUUGGCGAUGUCACAGACAUCCCCAAACCUGACCUAAACCUCUUACAAAAGGAGAAUGCUGUAAACUAUCUGGUUCGAAUCAGCCAAGAAUACCCUGGGGAAAUCACCUUGCUUACGAUUGGUCCUCAGACAAACGUCGCACUUGCUUGCCGAAUGGAUCCAAAUUUUGGUAAGAACUUCAAAAAACUGGUUAUCAUGGGUGGCAAUUACCAGGGGAAAGGGAAUGUUACAAUUUGCAGCGAGUUUAAUUUCCAUUUUGAUCCUGAGGCAGCCCUAAUAGUUCUUGCCGAGUUUUCUUGUCCAAUCAUUAUGGCCACUUGGGAACUGUGUCUUACAUAUCCAAUGACUCAUAAAUUUGUUGCGCAAUGUUUUGAGCAAGACACAACCAGGAGCAAGUUUGUUAAAAAGAUAACCACAAAAACCCGUCAGUUACACCUGGACCAACUUUUUGGUAUGCCAGAGGAUAUUAUACCAUGUGACGAGUACGCUGCCACAGUCGUGGUCUGUCCUGACGUAGUAUUGAAGCAAGAGAAUGUAUUUGCAUCCGUCGAGGUGCAAGGGCAAUAUACCCGCGGUGAGAUGGUCAUUGAUUGGAGAAAUAUUUUGAAUAAGAAUGUUUUCAUAGUCACAGAGAUGGAUGAGGAAAAGUGCAAGUCGAUUUAUAAGAAGUCUUUGCAGUGA